GGCGGGGCUUGCCCAGCCAGGCCAAUGAGAGCGCGAAGCGCUGGACGGUCGUUGGGCGCGAGGCCGGCGCAUGGCGGACGCGGCGCUGUUCGAGUUUCUGCAUACCGAGAUGGUGGCGGAGCUGUGGGCGCACCACUCGGACCCUGGCCCUGGGGGACAGAAGAUGAGCCUGUGUGUCCUAGAGGGCAUGGGCUUCCGUGUGGGCCAGGCCCUGGGAGAGAGGCUGCCCCAGGAGACGCUGGCCUUCAGGGAGGAGCUGGACGUCCUCAAGUUCCUGUGCAAAGACCUGUGGGUGGCCGUGUUCCAAAAGCAGAUGGACAGCCUCCGUACCAAUCACCAGGGGACCUACGUCCUACAGGAUAACAGCUUCCCCCUCCUCAUCCGGAUGGCCUCGGGCCUGCAGUAUCUGGAGGAAGCACCCAAGUUCUUGACCUUCACCUGCGGCCUUCUGCGAGGCACCCUCAGCACCCUGGGCAUCAAGAGCCUGGUCACCGCCUCCGUGGCAUCCCUGCCCACCUGUAAGUUCCAGGUGGUGAUCCAGAAAACCUGAGGAGCGCCCCCGCCUGCAGCCCACCCCGCUGAGCCUCACAGCCCCCGCUGGCCCGGGGACCUCGGAGCCCCACCUUUGGGGGUGGCCAGAGGGCUCGCGCUGGGGACCCCGGGCUCUAGGGGUGAUGGACAAGUGGGAGGGGGGAUGGUGCAGGGGGCCAACCACUCUAGGGUAUCACAUGUGCUCCCCAGGCGGGUAUCACAGAGAGGUCGGGGUGUCCUGGGAACGAGGUGGCCCAAGUUGGGGCCAGUGUGAAGGGAUCCCUACGUUGGGCCCCUUGCUCUGCAUGGCAGCUGUCCAGUAAAGGUUCUGUGUGUGGAACCAGAUGUGAAGUGAAGGUGGGGGGGGUCACCCUGAGUGCUGCGGGGGAGGGGCAUCUGUGAAGUGACUUUCACAGGUCCUGCAGGGGUUGGGGGGGCAGAGCCCCCUGCAUGGCUCCCCACCCCUUAUUCCCGUCCCUUGCAGGCCCCUUGCCGUUAGGUCUGCCUAAGCCCUGGUGCUCCACCUCCUGCCCUGCACCGCUGGUGGGGGAGGGUGGCCCCGGCAGCCCUGCCUGCCUCAACAAGUCUGGGGCCGUCCUGGCCCUCUUCCUGGGGAGCGGGGCUGAGGCCACCCAGAGCGUGGGCAGGGGCAGGCCUGGGGCUACCAGAACCAACAGAGAGGGGGACAUGGGCCAGACACCCUGGGAGAAAGAAUCUCCUUGCUUAAAACCCCACCGGUGGGUGCGGGCUCCCCAUACCUCGAGUCCUGUGAAGACAGCCCGUCUGGCCCCAGCCCAGAAAGCUGCACCCCACAUUUGCUGCCCUCCCCCCACUCCCCAGACUCCUGCCCCCUCUGAGGCACCCAGUUACCCCCCUCGACCUCUGCUGACCACCACCCCUCUCUGCGCCCACAGCCCCCGAGGGGGGGUCCCCUUAGACAGCUUCUUCCUGCCCUGUGUGUUUCCUUAGGUUCCAACGCACUUCUUGGGUCCCUCCGGGUCUCUCUGCCCAGUACAGAGCCUGGCAGACGUUUCCCCGAUGAACUGGUCAUUCGGCUAAACUGUGGGCAGGUGGACGGGGGCGCAGAGGGUCGGCACUCUCCUGCCCUCAGGAAGCUCUGGGCUCGUCCUGGAGUUUCCCCCACACACUCAGCCCUCACUCAGACAUACUAGUCCUGCGCCCCGCUUGGCGGGACUGCUGCAGGGUGGGAGGGGGUGGGCAGAGUUCCCAGCUGGGGGAGGGCAGGGAGGAAACCUUCCCAGGUGAAGCAGCUUGAAGACCUGGGGAGGAGAGACGGGACUGGCCCCCAGCAGACGGAAGGAUGCUUGGCUCUGGCUGCAGGGGGCAGGGUCUAGUCACCCAGACCCCUAGAGGGACAUCCUGCUGGCCCUGAUGGGGUCCCUUUUCUCUUGUCCCGGGCGCUCUUUGGUGGUAGCCUGUCCCAUCCCCACCAGCUCACCCAGCUCCCCUGGCAGUGCCUGUUCCCCCCGUCGUGCCAGCAACUGAAGGGACACGGGUCUGGAGAGCAGACCCCACACCCCACGCACAAUGGAAAGACCCUCUUACUUAGCCCUGCCCCUGCUCUCAGUGCUCUGAGAACAAUCUGCGGGGCAUCCAGGGCCUCACGCGCCCGCUGCACAAACCCCAGCUUCCAGAACGCCCGCUGUGCCUCCACGGGACUGAGACAAGGAACUUCAGCUCUUGGGAACCUCAGUUUCCUCAUCUGUAAGGGGCAUCACAGCCACCCUGCCGGGGUGUGGUGAGGAAGGGGCUAACUAGGGGGCAGGUGCAUAAACCAUGUGCAGUCCCUGGUAAGCCUUCACCCGCAUGCCAGCGUCCUCCUAGGAGAAGCAUCUAGAGCCGCCCGGUAAAUGGGUCAGUCCGUGCCAGCGCACGUUAGCUGCGGGCGUUCCUAAGUGCCUGGUGCUGUGCUCAGCGGACUCCUCCUGACAACUACAGGACAGUGGUUGUCCCUGGCCACUCAGCAAUGAGGAAGCUGGGGCUCAGAGAGGUGAAGUCACUUGCUUGAAGUCACACAGCUGGGCCCUGGAGGAACUGGCAUUCGAACCCAGGAUUGUUUUCCUCUUUCAGCCCUGGACUCUUAAUCCCUGUGCCGGCUUCCCCCCAGCCCCCCGCCCCGCCACUGCCCCCAAGUCCCGUGGCCCCAGGGGUAGAGUCUGAGGACACAUGCCCCCUGCCGGCUGGCCACCUCCCUCCUUUACCUGUGGUACCAUGCCCAGGGGGCAGCCCCCAGUCCUCGAGAGCUGAGUGCGAGCAGGCAGGGCAGACGCUCCAGGGACGAUGGGGACGGGGCGGGGACAGGGCGGGCAAACCGGUCGGGCGGCUGGCACCAGCGGGGCCUCUCUCCAGUGGGGCCUGUGCCGGUGAGGCUGGCGCAGCAGCUCAGCAGGGCCGGCGGGGAGCUGGGGCCAAGAGGCUGCCAUCAGGUAGGUCCGGGGGACCCUGGGCGAGGGGUGGGCGGGCAGGGGGCCCCAACCCUCACUGAGCCCCAACUCCUCACCUUUCCUCUGCCCCUCAGCGUCGCUUGCCUCCCCCCUCCCCCAGCAUCCUUCUCUCGCUUCUGCUUUCGACUCUUCACAGUUUCAGCCCGUGCGCCCUGUCUCGCCCUGAGUCUGCUAAGGCUCUACCCCAUGUGCCCCAUCCUGAUUGAAUGUGUUCCCCCCCGGAAUUCCCCUCCCCACUCCCGCCCUCGUUCAGGCCCUAAAUGCACCAGCCCCGAAAUUUCAGUCACUCGGUGGCGAUGGUGGCGGCUCGGGGUCUCCCUGCUCUCCCCGCGCUGGUUACGCGUCCUGUCCUGCGGCGCCAGCCCACACCUCCCACAGUGCACCCCCCAAUACCUAGUGGUCCCCUAAGUUUACUCCACCACCCCUGGGCUCCCUGUGUUUCCCCACAUCUGCUUGGCACCUCCAUUGUCCAGGCCUCUUGGAAACUCCCAGGGGCUCUCAAACACCCAAUCACCCACCUGGGAAAUCUCACACACCCUGAAUUAGCCCCCCAGCACCCCCAUAACCCUUCUCCGUUCUCCCCCAUCUAGCUGCGCUGGGGGUCCUGGCCACUCACUUUUACUCUGAAGAGCACCGCCACCCCACCUGGUGACCCAGGACCCCAACAUCAGGGACGGGGUCUCUCACCUGUCCCAGGUCACAUCCCG